UAGUUGCUAUGCUGAAGACUUUGAUUUUAAGCUACAGAAGGACAGGAGAUAAGCAGCAAUGUGAGAAUAGAAAACUAUUCAGAAAGAAGAAAAAUCUUCAUGGCUCAUUUUCUUAGAUCAUUCAAAAAGACCUUGUUGUAGUGUCCUGAGAAUUGAUAGACAUGCAAAGAAAUCAAGAGGCUCCAGGGCAGUCAGGGUCCAAACAAGAGACCAGAGGAAUUACUGAGAUCAAGCUGGUGGUAAUAGGAGAUGGAGGUUGUGGGAAAACGUCCAUGCUCAUGGUCUUUGUCAAAAGAGAAUUCCCUAAGGCUUGUGUCCCAACAGUUUUUGAGAAAUAUUCUGCUGCCUUUCACAUUAAUGACAAGCAAGUCCACAUCAGCCUUUGGGACACAGCAGGACAGGAAGAUUAUGACAGACUCCGUCCUCUGUCCUAUAACGGGGCCCAUGCAGUGAUCAUAUGUUAUGAUGUCACCAAUCCCAUCAGCUUCAACAACAUCCUCACAAAGUGGUACCCUGAAGCAAACCAUUUCUGCAAAGGGAUUCCAAUUUUGCUUGUUGGUUGCAAAACUGACCUAAGGAAUGACAAAGUUCUAGUAAGGAAGUUACAUCAAAACCAACUAGAACCCAUCACAUACCAGAAGGGAGAGGCCUUGGCUCGGAAUCUCCGUGCAGUUGCAUAUUUUGAGUGUUCAGCCCUCUACCAUGAAAAUAUUACUGACAUAUUCACAGAGGCUUCAAGAGCAGCUUUGAGAAAGAUGAAGAAAGAACAGCAGAGGCAAAGACUCAAAAAGACCUGUCUCCUUACCUGACCAUCCUUUGAGUGACUCCAGAAAAUUUGCAAAUGUUCAUAUCCACCCAGUGUGAUGAAAUCUCUCAGAAUAACAUCUCUCCAUAAAGAUGUU